GUGCCACCGACGAAAUCUAUCGACUCCGCCAUGGACGACAUGGACGACAGCCUGGCGCGCGCGGCCGACUACCUCGACGACAAGCUGCAGACGGCCGGCGACCUCGACUCGCUUGCCGCGCUGCUGGCGAACAUCCACGCCCAGCACGGCCUCCUCAAGCAGCAGCUCCACGAUGCCCAGCGCGACCUCCACGAGGCCAAGCAGGCCGCCCACCACCACCAGCGCGCCCUGCAGGACCGCGCCCGUGCCUUUCGCGGCGAGCAAGCCGACAUUGACCGCCGUCUGGUGCUCAUCACCGCCUCCGAGACCAGCGACGAUGCCGUGCCGAGCUUCGAAGCCGUGCUGGAUACCCUGCAGCGCCUGGACGUGGCCAACGCCUACGUCGAGCUGCUGCGGGACGUCGACGUGCUGGGCCAGGAAGCCCAGUCGCAGCUGCAGACGUCCAAUGACGCUGCUCUCGGUCCCUACAAGCAGCUACGCUCCCUCCACACGCGCCUGCUCCGCCUGCAAGACGACGCCGAGGGCGCUGCUCCGCAAUUGCUUCACCAUGUCGAUAAGCUCACCCAGGCUCUGCGGUCCAAGAUCCUAGACGCCUUCUCGUCCGACCUCGACAAGGCGCUCAAGCAGAUAAAAUGGCCCACUCCAAAAGCGACCGUCCCCGCUCAGCUCCAGGACGCGUGGGAGAGCGCUAUAUCGAAGCUCCUGGACCUGCAGAUGCCCGAAUUAGAAGGCUUCGAGUACGCACAGGGGUCCGCAAGCAAGGCAAGGCUCCCCGCAGUCCUAUUCCCGUUCGAGGUGCUGGUGCAGCCUCUAGAGAUGCGCUUCCGAUAUCACUUCGAGGGCGACAAGCCUACGAACCGCAUUGAUCGGCCUGAAUACUUCCUCUCGCACGUGUCCACCCUUUUGAACGACUACAGCGGAUUCAUGACCGACUACGUGCAACCCACCCUGCUGAGACACUUCCGAGGGACCCAUCUCGCCCUGACUCCCGUCUACAUUGACGCAACGGCUGCUUUCAUCACCGCUCUGCUGCCCAUGCUGAGGUCGAAGAUUAGCUCUCUGCUUCCGAAAGUGGCUGGCCAGCCCCAGCUUCUCAGCCACCUUAUGCACGAGGUCAUGAGCUUUGACACCACUAUUAGAGAUGUAUGGGGAUACGACGGCGGUUAUGGCCUUGAAGGGUGGAAGGGCCUGUCGUGGGAAUUUCUAGUUCAGGAAGACUGGUUUGGGCGGUGGCUGCAGGUUGAGAAAGAUUUUGCAUUAGCCCGCUAUCAAAGCAUUGUCGAGUCUCCUGAUUUUGGUGAUCUGGACUACGAGAGCGUCGAUCCAAAAGCCACAAAGCCCACCAAGGGAGCGAUCCGCGUGAACGACUUGCUCGAAACAAUCACAGAUCGAUACAGGCCCCUGACUUCCUUUUCGCAAAAACUGCGCUUCUUGAUCGACAUUCAGAUUGCCAUUUUUGACAAACUUCACGAGCGACUACAGAGCAACUUGGAAGCCUAUCUUUCCAUGACCACCUCGCUGGGUCGUGCUGUCGGAGGGGUGACCAAGGAAGAACAGGAGCGGCUGCUUGGCGUGGAAGGACUCGAGCGUCUUUGCAAGACCUACGGUAGUGCAGACUACCUUGAAAAGGCAAUGCGGGAUUGGAGCGACGACGUGUUCUUCUUAGACAUCUGGGAGGAGCUGCAAGAGCGCGCUCGCCAAGCCAAUAACAUCGGCACCAUGUCCGUUGCAGAUGUCGCUGAGCGCACGUCAAAAACGGUAGGAGGGGACCGCGAUGGUGGCGCGCUCUUCGAUGAAACGGCUGGCCACUACACGCGCCUCCGCAUCCGCAGCGAAAAGAUCAUAACGGACACGCUAAACAAUAAUGUGCGAGAGGCGCUGCGGCCUUAUCGACACAUUAACCCCUGGGCCACCCUUACCGGUCCCUCAGCCUCAGCAAACGCCAGUCUCUCGCCAACUGCAGAGCUGGAUCCACUCCUCACACACCUGACCAGUACACUGGGCUUUCUGUCCCGCGCUCUAGCUCCCGCGCCACUACGCCGCAUCGCCAGAGGAGUGCUCGCCACAACUUCUCAUACGAUUUUUGACAAUGUACUCAGCCGUCAUCGGUUUUCGACUGCGGGCGCGGCGCAACUAUCAGCUGAUCUUGCCGCCAUCUGUCGAGUUGUUGACAAGGCGGUGGGUCCCGGUGUCGCUGAAUCCGGGUUGAGGAAGUGCCUCGAAGGUGCACAACUCGUUGGAUUACCUGUCAAGGGUGGCAAAUCUCAAGUAAAGUCCUCGUCAGCGGAGGAAGAGGGUGGCGAGGCCUGGGAUGCUUGGGGUGCAGAGGAUAAUGAGGCGGCGCCGCAACAAGGAGAGGGUGGUGAUACAACGGCUGCGGAUGAGGAACUCGGAUUGUGGGAGGUGGAGAAGCGACUCUUCGCCGAUAACCAGGCUGCUAGAGAAGUGCUUGAGGAGCUGGGUAUGGAAAUGCUCAGCGAAACGGAAGCCAGGGCUGUGCUAGGCCGGCGAGUUGAGCUUGCGGGAUAGACAUCGUUCGAUUCUUGUGCCACCAUAGCUGCAUCUCAACCACAGCCGCCGCCUGUCUAACCGAGAUCAUGCUGUCCUACUUACUUAACGAGCGCCAACGGGGAAGCUAGACGUAAGCAACGGGUCCUCACACACAUGUGCCUGCAUCAUUCACAAGCAUAGCC